AUGGCGCAAUCUAUCUUCGACUUCCUCUAUACAUUUACUGACUGUUUGUGUUGCUUUCAAAGCUCUUCCCAAUUGAAGAUCAACAGCAGGAGCUUUAAGCUGCUACGCCUGCUCGGCGAGGGGGGUUUUUCUUAUGUUUAUCUUGUCCAAGAUAAAACCACCUCCGAACUCUUUGCGCUAAAAAAGAUCAGGUGUCCAUUUGGCCAGGAAUCGGUGUCGCAUGCGCUGAAGGAGGUUGAGGCAUACUCUCUAUUUACUGAAAACAGGAAUAUAAUUCAUUCAAUUGACCACUCCGUUGCAACCGAGUCAGGGUCUAAAUUCCGCUCUGAUGGAGGCGAUGCCGGUUCAAAAACAGUAUACAUUCUAUUACCCUACUACCAACAUGGCAAUCUCCAAGAUGCAAUUAAUGCGAAUCUUGUCAACCAUACAAGUUUCCCGGAGAAAAGAUUGAUGACACUGAUGUUGGGUGUCGCAAACGCCCUUAGAAGUAUGCACCGUUAUCGCGUCAACACUGGCACGAUCUCCAAAUCGAGAACUACAAGGGAAAGAGGAGGAGCCGCAGAUUUAUCGCCAAGGAAAAUGUCAAGAAGAGUAGGUGAAGAUGAAGAUACGGAACAAGAACCUCUGAUGGAUGGAGAGGUUGUUCAAAGUCAAGAAGGAAUGGAAGAGGGUGACUAUCGACCUUAUGCACAUCGUGACAUAAAACCUGGAAAUAUUAUGAUCGAUGACGAUGGAAAAUCCCCUAUUCUCAUGGAUUUAGGCUCCAUGGCCCCUAGCCCAAUCGCAAUCACAUCUCGAUCUCUCGCCAUUGCUGUGCAAGACACCGCUGCUGAACACAGCACGAUGCCGUAUCGGGCGCCUGAGUUAUUUGACGUUAAAACUGGCUCUAUCAUCGAUACAAAAGUGGAUAUAUGGUCGCUAGGAUGCACCCUGUACGCUUGCCUUGUGGGCAAAAGCCCUUUCGAAGCUCGUAGCGAGGAGACAGGGGGUAGCCUUAGCAUGUGUGUGUUGGGUGGAGACUGGCGGUUUCCAGGCGAAAAGGCAGGCCCUGCCGUUGGUAAGGGGAAAGCUUCAACAAACGGAGAAUCAAAUAUACCUCCAAGUGGCAUUAGCCCUGAAGUUAAAGAGGUAGUCCGACGUUGUCUAUCCGUCGAACCAUCUGAGCGGCCAGAUAUCGACGAAUUGAUUGAGCUCAUACAGCAUGCCGUCAAGGCUCUACCCGACGUCGGCGAUAGCCCGCUGCCGUAUGGUGUGUAA